AUGAAACCUCAAGUCAUUACUUCUAUCAUUUGUUUGGUUACGACGGCGGUAGGUCAUGGGGGUGUAUGCUCUUAUACUAUCGACGGCGUCCAAUAUAAGGGAAACCUAUGGCAUAUUGAAGGCCUGACUGGCGAACCCCUGCCUGACCCUCCUGCUAUUCCAAGCAUCCAAAGGCGUUGGGAUUACAUGCCAAUCCUGGACCCAACCAGCUCAAACAUGACCUGCAACUACGAUGGAACCGCCACACCAUCCUCUCUCCACGCUCCUAUCGAAGCAGGUAGCAACAUCACAGCACAUUGGGACAACUUCAUGCCAAACGUCUGGCCCGAUGGCUGGCACCACGCUGAUGGGCCACUAUUUGCGUAUAUGGCUGCAUGCCCAGGUGACUCCUGUGAAGGUUUUGAUGGCAGCGGCGCUGUAUGGUUUAAGAUCAACCAGUUGGGUUUAAAACCUGAUGCCCAGGAUCUUCGCGGCCCGUGGAUACAGGGGGAUCUUCUCCUAUCCGGCAAUCGGGUUCCUCCUGGAUAUACUGUCACGAUCCCCAAGAACCUUAAGCCAGGGAAGUAUCUGAUUAGACAUGAAAUCAUCAUGGUGGCGAGCAUACCAGCACAGAUCUACCCCGACUGUGCGCAGUUGACCGUCACCGGGGAGGGGACAAUGUUUCCAGAUCAUGACUAUCUAGUCAGCUUUCCAGGAGCGUAUUCCGCUACAGAUCCAGGAAUCGCCAUGGCAGAUUGGGUGAUGACGGGUGGUGGUAGCCCUAUAAAACCUGAGUGGAAAACCACGGACUAUCCAUUUCCGGGACCUGCUGUAUGGACUGGAGAAUAG